UGGAGGGGGUAAAAGGGAGUGGAGUGCGCGGUUGUCCGGGCGGCCAUUGCGGGUAUAUUGUCCGAAACCGCGAAUGCAAUUGAGUGCUGCGAGCGACACAAGUGAAAUCGACGAGAAUCAAAGGUCAUCCUCGAAGGAAGGUGCUCAGUGUGAAGCCCGGGACGCGCACGAAACCCCGGCCCGAUGGCUGAAUCAGACAAACUUAAUAUUGACAACAUCAUAGCUCGGCUUUUGGAAGUGCGAGGAGCUAGGCCAGGAAAAAAUGUACAAUUGACAGAAGGAGAAAUAAAGGGACUUUGCUUGAAGUCACGUGAAAUUUUUUUAUCACAACCUAUUCUGCUAGAACUUGAAGCACCGCUUAAAAUAUGUGGUGAUAUCCAUGGGCAAUAUUAUGACUUACUGCGACUGUUCGAAUAUGGUGGAUUUCCACCAGAGAGUAACUAUCUAUUUCUAGGAGAUUACGUUGAUAGAGGAAAACAAUCAUUAGAGACGAUUUGUCUCCUUCUUGCCUAUAAAAUCAAAUAUCCAGAGAACUUUUUUUUACUUCGUGGAAACCAUGAAUGCGCAUCCAUUAAUAGGAUAUAUGGAUUUUAUGAUGAAUGCAAACGACGUUACAACAUUAAACUAUGGAAAACGUUUACGGAUUGUUUCAACUGCUUACCUGUUGCGGCAAUAGUGGAUGAAAAAAUAUUUUGUUGCCAUGGUGGCCUUAGUCCAGAUCUACAAAACAUGGAACAGAUCAGACGUAUCAUGCGACCAACAGAUGUACCUGAUCAAGGCUUAUUAUGUGAUUUAUUGUGGUCUGAUCCAGACAAAGAUACAAUGGGUUGGGGAGAAAAUGACCGUGGAGUAUCAUUUACAUUCGGAGCUGAAGUAGUUGCCAAAUUUUUACAUAAGCAUGACUUUGACCUCAUAUGUCGUGCUCAUCAGGUGGUAGAGGAUGGCUAUGAAUUCUUUGCAAAGAGACAAUUAGUUACCCUGUUCUCAGCACCAAACUACUGUGGUGAAUUUGAUAAUGCCGGAGCUAUGAUGUCUGUAGAUGAAACACUAAUGUGUAGUUUCCAAAUUCUAAAGCCAGCUGAUAAAAAAAAAUUAACGUAUGGUGGCCUGAAUGCGAAUAGACCAGUGACGCCUCCUCGAGGUGGUGGAAAUAACAAAAGCAAGAAGAAGUGAAGUCCUUAGAUUUGUUUCUCAUAUUUUCUUUUGAACGCAAUGUUUAGAAUUUCAAAAUAACUUCCUUGAAACCCACAGUCUUUUAAGACAUUAAGUUCUUGUAAGAGAAAAGAUGUUAUUGUUAUUAUUUCUCCUAAUAUCGCUAUUAUUAUUAUCAACGCUAUUAUCAUAUUAUUUUUGAAUUUAUCAUGAACUCCACCCAUACAUUAACGAUCACAUUUUAAGUAAAAAAAAAUUCUGAAGGGGUAUAGUUUGUUAAGCAAAAAAAAAUAAGAAACGUUCGUUAUUAAAAUAGAAGCACUCAAAGUAAGAGGGAAAAAAUGCUAUUAAAUGGGUGUCUAUAAAAAAAAAAUUAACAAUAAGUUCAGUUACUCGAGAUUAGAUUAGAAAUUCAUCGCAAUUAUGAAAUUCUAUUAGGAUAAUAUAUUGUUGCGAACUACGAGAAAUUUUCAUGGCAAUUCAUUCUUAAUUCGUUGCUUAACAUUUUAGAGACCAUUUGCGAUAUCACUGAUUAAAAAAAAAAAAAGAAAAAAAAGAAAAAAAAAGAAAAAAAGAAAAAAAACAUGGCAUGGUACAGUUGAUAUAAUGUUAGAGGCAAUUUUAUUGUGCCAUUCUUCGCUUUGAUGGUAUACAUACCUACCUUAUUAAUGAGAUUAAUAUAUACAUAAUAUCGAGUACAUAGUGGUUUUUAACGACAAACAUUUCAAAAUGUGAUAUAUAAAUUUGGCUUUGUUACAUUUCUGUAAAUUGCACAAAAUUUGUAAGUGACAUACAGAUACGACUUUCGUAAAGAGACCGUUUUUGUAGAAUGUGCUUUUGUAAUUAAAUUUUUAUAAAUCGCAAAAAAAGCAGAAUGUUUUAGCUGUUCAGUAAAAAAUCGAUUUCAAUGAAUAUUUUUAAAAAACAGAAGGAAAAAGAAAAGAAAGAAGACUUAUAUAUAUACAUAUAUAUAUUCCUUAUUUAUACCUGUAUCCCGAAAUAAAUUUAUGAUAUAAAGUGUCGUAUCAUAGUGAAGUUUCAUUGGAUUCUUCACGACGUGCAUUGCGGUUACUAAUUUCCGAAAGGGAAUGGUAAUAAUAGAAUUAAUAAGAAAACAGGCUGUAAAUGUGUAUAAUGCAGGUAGCAAAGUUAUGCAUAUGUAUACAUACGAUUCAA